UGCAAGUCCCGUGAGCCCCCGCUUUGGCUGGGCGAUCCAGCUCUGUGAAGAUGGCGGCUCCUUUGGUGUUAGUAGUGCUGGUGGCCGUGACUGUGAGGGCUAUUCUCUUUCGCUCCAGUCUGGCUGAGUUUAUCUCGGAGCGGGUGGAAGUGGUGUCCCCGUUGAACUCAUGGAAGAGAGUGGUGGAAGGGAUGGCCUUGUUGGACCUUGGCGUGUCCCCUUACUCAGGAGAUUUGUUUCAUGAGACGCCGCUCAUUUUAUAUCUCUUCCAUUUCCUUGUAGACUAUGCAGAGAUAGUAUUCAUGAUAACAGAUGCCCUCACUGCUAUAACUCUGUACCUUGCCGUCAAGGACUACAACAAAUUAAUGUUUAAGAAGCAAAAGCUUUUAUUGGAGCUGAAGAGAUAUUCACAGGAAGGACAUGAUCUCCUAAGGGUACCGACUGAGAUGUACUAUGUACCAUUGAAGGUGGCUUUAUUCUACUUGCUGAAUCCAUACACAGUUCUGUCCUGUGUGGCCAAAUCUACGUGUGUCAUUAACAAUGCAGUUAUUGCCCUCUUCAUCCUGGCAACUGUGAAAGGUAGCCGGUUACUGAGUGCUGUGUUUCUGUCAGUGGCAACCUAUCAGUCCCUGUAUCCAAUCACCUUAUUGCCACCGGCGCUGCUCUACUUGCUUCAGAAAGAAUUUAUCCCAAUAAAGAUGAAGAGUCCAUCCUUCUGGCUGUUCAGCUGCCAGUAUUGCUCUAUGUACCUUGGUUGUUUGUGUGUACUAGUCUGUCACUCUUUCUUCUUGCUCAACUCCUGGGAUUUCAUACCUUCUAUAUAUGGCUUCAUACUCUCUGUACCAGACCUGACACCAAAUAUCGGCCUGUUUUGGUAUUUCUUCGCGGAAAUGUUCGAACACUUCAGUCUGUUCUUUGUCUGCGUCUUUCAGAUCAAUGUUUUCUUCUACAUCGUGCCUCUCACCAUCAAGUUAAAGGAUCAUCCUAUGUUCCUAAUGUUCAUGCAGCUUGCCGUCAUCUCUAUCUUUAAGUCCUACCCCACUGUAGGUGACGUGGCUCUCUAUAUGGCCCUACUACCAAUGUGGGCUCACUUGUCCAGGUUUCUGCGCAACGUCUUUAUCGUGUCCUGCAUGCUGAUAGUGUGCACGCUGCUAUUUCCAGUGCUGUGGCAUCUGUGGAUUUAUGCCGGAAGUGCCAACUCAAACUUUUAUUAUGCCAUCACGCUCUCAUUUAAUGUUGGCCAGAUUUUGCUGGUGUCUGAUUAUUUUUAUGCCUUCUUGCGGAGAGAAUACCACCUCCACCAUGGCCUUUACCUCACCAAGAAGGACGGAACUGAAGCCACCUUGGUCCUGAAGUAACUUUGCGACCCAAAUCAUAAAAAUUUCUGCAAGAGAAGGGACUGUGCGUGACAGGUGCCUUUGGUAGGCCAGAGAGACUGUAGGUUUUUCUAUAGACCAGUCUCUCCGAGAGUCCUGCAUGGAGAUUGAAAAGGACUCUUUAUUAUGGCUCCUUCUGGUUCCAGGAUCUUUUAAUUGGUUGCACCAAAUAACUGAUGAUCAGCUCUCCUUAGAGCAAUGCACACACUGUGCUUUAAUGAUCUUAGGGAGCAUAAACUUUAAAGGCUCAUUGAGAAGAACUUGACAAGGUGGUUUUGGAACCCAACUUGUCCCUCCCGUUCUGUUGGACCAUCACAGGGCUUUGUGGCAAUCUUCUUGAUACCACUAAAUAGUGCAGAACGUUUCCUAAAAAAUGGGAGUGGAGUCCUGCAGUGUUAAAGUCUGCUUAGUGGCCACUUUUUCUACAGGGGAUGUUUGUGAGAACACAGGCAUUCUAGUGACCAGCAGGUGUCUCCCCUCUACCCCCACCGUGGUUUUUUUGUGUUUGUUUUCUGCUACAAAGUUGGGGUGAACACACAUCUGUGCACUGAUCUCUCCCUAUCAUCUCUACGAAGUGUUUUACUGAAUUCUGACCUGUCUUUUGGAUAAAGCUCAUGGAAAUUUUGCAAUAAUGUAUAUGCACAGAACAUGGACAGAUCUGAACUGCUUUUUUUUUUUUUUUUUUUUUUAAUACUGUAUCUUUAUUGUACGAAUUUUAUAGACUGUGAUGUGCAUGGGUAACGCACACCUGGUCUGUGUAAUAAGCACAGAAUAUAUUGUCUGUGUAAUAAGCACAGAAUAUAUUGUCUGUGUGAGCUUAUUGCUCCUUCAUUACUCUGUACGGGAAUACUCCAUAUUGUAUACAGGGUCCAGCUCCGCCAUGCUGCCAUGCUUAUUGCUGCCUUUAUCUUUGCUACAAGCUACUGAAGGGAUUUCCAAAUUGUGAACUACAACUGUCAGAAGCUUUGGUGGAUUCUGAGAGUUGUCUUUUAGUAGCAAGACCACCACAGGUUAAACAUCCCUACCACAAUAUGUACUACAGUGGGCUGGACAGUGCCAACAGGGUACUAACUCCAUACUAGAUUUUUGGUUUGUCGUAUGUUUACCCUGUAUCAGGAAUCUCGGGGGGAAAGAAACACCAUAUUGUAUACAGGGUCCAGCUCAGCCAUGCUUAUUGCUGCCUUUAUCCUUGCUACAAGCUACUGAAGGGAUUUCCAAAUUAUGGACUAAAACUGUCGGAAGCUUUUGGUGGAUUCUGAGAGUUGUCUUUUAGUAGCAAGAAGACCACAGGCUAAACAUCCCUACCACAAUACGUACUACAGUGGGCUGGACAGUGUCAACACAGUACUUACUCCAUAUUAGAUUUUUGGUUGGUCGUAUGAUUACCCUGCAUCAGGAACCUCGGGGAGGGGGAAAAACAUACCAAGGUUUACAUUACACUUAUAUCUCCAAAUCUUUUUUUUUUUCCACUCAAUUUUUCUUUUGAAGAAAUGUAUUUAUUUUGGGAGGAAGUGGGCCUAAAUAAAUAUGCUCUGAGGCAA